AUGAGUCCACCAAAUUCUUUUGAUAAUAAACCUGUUGUUAUUAAAUCGAAAAGGGGGAGAAAAGCUCUUGCUGUAAGCGAAGGACAUAUCGACACGACCGGAAGAACACAUAUAAUGACAGUCAGGAGGUCGAAACCUCCGGCACCAAAAAAGAAAACAACAACUCCAAAACCCAUAAAGCAAACAAAUAACUUUUGCAAAAGAUGUGAACAAAACGAUGAAUACAUCGACCUUCUUAACGAUCGAAUUGGAAAAUUAGAAAGUUUGGUAAAUAAAUUGACUAACGGAUCAAAACUUAAUGAUGAUGAGAAUAAUAAACAACCGCCAAUUCCUCAACCGACAAUUCAGACCCAAAGUAUUUCCAAUAUUGGGACGCAGGAACUUUUAAACCUUUCUAAUCAAAUUAGCAUCGAGCUGUUUGAAAGGUUUGAUCAAAUACAAAUACAAACUCCGAUACAAUCUCCGAUACCCACGUUAACGCCACCCAUAAGUCCUUUUCCUACUUGUGAGCAAGUAGAUUUCACGGUAGAUUGGAACGUAUUUCCUCCGUAUACCCAACCUUAUUGA